AUGAAGACCACCGAUGCGUCCAUGGGUGCCGUUCUGUCACCCUCCAUUGCAGAGCUGAUCGGGCAGAGUGGCUCAUCGUCAAGAAGAAAGCGAAUUUCUUGCCUUUUAUCCGAUCUGAAGACCGUGAACAGCAUCAGCGAAAACAUUAAAGGAGCCAACAGUUUUCUCACUCCGGAGUUGCAGCACGCCAUCGUCGCGGAUGCUUUGAAAAAGAAGAUCCGCCAUCGAGAGCGUUGUCGUAUCAACCAGGCACGAUACCGACAAAGACAAGUACAAGUCGAAACGGAUAUUGAAGAUGCGAUCGACAAACUCAAGUCGGAAAUAAAACAACUCGAGAACAAGACCUACAGCGAAACUCGACAGCCAACAGCGCCGACAAGUUGGGCUCUGGCAUCCGACUAUUUCCGUCAGCUCAAUUACUACGUGUCCUCUCCUGAAAAGCUGUACAAGUCGGCAUUCAAGUUCAUCCAUGAGUUCAUGGCGCCGGGUGCCGAGGACAGCUCGUCAUUUGAAGCUGACGAGUGGCUCAAGAACUGGAGAUUGUCCGCCACGUACUUUGAAGAUGUCCACAUGGAGGUAAAGGGCAUGAAGACGCCAACGUCCGAUACAUUGAUUGCUGGUACAACCACCAGCAUGACCAUCACAUCCAACACGCUCCGCCUCGCAUUCCCUCACCUAAACAGAGAUGGUGUCGGUGGCACUAAAGGUGGCGCGUGGUCACCCCUUGCUUCAAAACUGCUGGAGGACGUGUCGAACGCAUUUUACAAGGCACGAGUGACACCAGACGACAACUUUACGAGAUGCUAG